ACGGAACCACUUCCUUCCUCCACCGGAUAUCCGGUUGUAAGUGUCUGGAUUUGCGUUUAACCAACAAGUAAACAAUGAGAUUAAUAAACAGAACGGUUCGGCUUUAGCUCGGUUUCUGCGUCACCGCAUCUCUGCAUCAAUGGCUCCUCAUUAUUGUGCCGUGUGUCGGCAAACUACAUUCGCCGGGAAGGGACACAUCUUCGGGAAAAGUCACCAGAGCCGAUUGAGAGUGGUUCUUCUCAAAUUCCUAGAGAAAGUGAAGGAAGCUCGCCGCACACUUAAAAAGCCCCAAGUAGAAAAGUUCGACUCCAACCAGCACCAGCAGACAUUCUGGUGCUACUGCUGUGGGCUCGAAAUAGACAGAAAUGUUACAGACGGCAACAUGACGGUGCUGUAUGGAGGCUUGUUGGAACACAUGGCCACCCCAGCACACAGGAAGAAUACACACAAGUUCUGGUGGGAAAAUAAAGCCGACCCCAAGCUUCGAGACAAGGUCAUAAUCACAGAGGAGGAAACUGAAAGGUUUAAAGCUGAGCUGCCACAAGUUUUGGAAUCAUUUGUGGAGGAGGAGGAUGAAUUCAUUAAACAGCAAGCUGACCAUAUCCGGGCCCAGGAGAAGCAUCGUCAAGAGGUCCUUCAGUCUCUAUUAGAGCGUGAAGCAGACCUGGAGUCGUUCAAUGGUCCCAAUGGCACAGACAUGUCUGCGGAGGAUUCUGUCAGCUCGCAGUUUACUUCUCAGGGAUCAGACCGGCAGCCAGGGAGCAGCUUCGUCAAGUCAAUGGUCAAAGCCCCGUGGGCGGCAGCGGGACAGGGCCUGACUUUCAUCGGCCAUCAGGAUUCAGCAAACAGAGGAAAUGUUCACACAGGCGGUGUCCCACCUUGGCUCCAGGACGAUCCUCUGGAGGGGCCCUCUGGGGCUAAAGCACAUCCAGAGAUCGGCCCAUCGCUCCAAGGGUUCCUCAAACAGAAGGAGCAAGAGAAGCUGAAGAAGCUUCCACCGAACAGAGUCGGUGCCAACUUUGAUCACAGCUCACAGACAGACGCCAACUGGCUUCCCUCUUUUGGAAGAGUGUGGAACAGCGGCCGACGCUGGCAGUCCAGGGACCAGUUCAGAGAAGAAGAAGGGAAGAAGAAGAGACCAAAGAGGAAGCAGGAGCAGAACUCAGAUGAGUCAAAGAAAAGUAAAACAUCUGGACAGCUGACAAACUCCGACAGCACUUAAAACUGAGUUUGCGAGUUCCUGAGUGAAGGGAUGUGUAUAUAGUUCAUAUAGUUUGCAGGAGGUGAAUGAGGUUUCUACUGUUUGUCUCUGAGAAGUUGUACCUGCCUUGAUAGACACCUUUGUGAAAAAACUUCAUUAUAACAUAAUGGCAUUCCACAUAUUUACCCAAUGGGAACUGUUGAAUGUAUUAUGUUAACAGUGAUCGUAUAUUUUGUAUAAAAAGAGCUCAUUGAAAUUAGUUUCCUGUCCACAUUCUUCAGCCAAGUCCAGGACUCAGAUCUUCAAGUUACUUUAGUACGGCUCUCUGAACUGUGAGGACAAUGUGAACAGCAGGGGGCGCUAGACACCGUUCUGACAAAGGCACCUGCUGUGUGUUCAGUGAAGAGUCCACAUGGAUGGAAUCUGUUGAAGGAUGUCAACAGGAAACAGACACGUGCUCCUCUGAAAGUCCAGUUUCCCCACUUGUGAAUUCGUUGACGUUCUGACUUCAGUGUGUUCACGCGCUUUGAAGUCAGACUGUGGAAAUAAACACGGACGAAGUAAACAAAAUGUUUGUUAUUAAUGUGUUUGGAGGGUUUAAACAACACAUUAAAUGUCUCUGCCACAGUUUACCACAUAGCAGAUACAGUACAGAUCGUUUACAGACUGGAGGACGACUCACCUGUGGACACUAGGAAUGUUUAGCCACUGAUUAACUUAAGGUUCUGCUUGACGUAGACUGAAGUGUUCCCAUGUCUCAGGUACAUUUCACCCAUUAUUAGUUCAACACAACACAUAUCUCAAGACUCCCACUUUAUAAAGUCAAGUUGGUUUCCAAUACCUGUGUACUUCACGUAUUUAUUUUUGAAUUUGAAGAGAAAUCUGAAGAAUCUCUGGAAAAAAGAUUACGAAUCUGUUAAUUCAAUGUAAUAUAUUGAUUUUAAAGCAGGAAGAGAAAAUGCCUCUGCUUUGUCUCAAUGUAAACAUUAUGUAAAAGUAAAUAUGUGGUUAAGGAGAACGGCCUUUAACUCUCAAAGCUUUAGGUUAUUAAUGUGUAUAUAUAAAUAGUUAUGUAUAUGUGUAAAUAAAUUAUCAGUACCAAAUGUCUUAAAGAAUAAUGCAAGUUAGAGUCUGAACCAUACGUAGCUCUGAUAUAAGCAGACACACAAACAUUCAAUUGAAUGUUGCAUUCUGCCAUCUUAUCGUCCUUCAUACACGUACACCAUUACACUUCUAUAUUUUUGUUUAGAUAAAAUGAACAUUUGUUGCGAAUUAACUUCUUUAUUUAAUCUAUUUGAUUUCAUGAAGUAUGUUUGAUGCACUGAUGCAUUACGAAGCUCUAAGUAAGACGUGUGCUGCAUGUUCCUAAACCAAUACUGCCAUCAAGUGGCCAUUUAUGUAGUUGCACCAAUAAAACUCUACACAUUUGUUAGCUA